AUGGCUUCACCAAUCCCCAAUCCUGUUCAAGGCGGCUGGAAUCACAACGGUCAGACGAUGCAACAGAACGUGGAAACAAAUGAAGCAGGCGUCCAAGUGAGGCCUAUGGGCCUCAAGGUGCAUUAUACAUUUGACAAGGAGGCCAAAAUCAAUUGCCUUGCUCGUUCAACACAAACCCUCUUCGUUCAAACAAUUCCUCUCGAUGAACAAAACUCUAUUGGCAUUGUCGACUUGAGAGCGUGUCUACAUGCAGUCACCGAAUGCAGCCCGGAACUCGGAAACCAAGAUAGUGAGGGCGACUACACCAUUUACGCACUCGAUUAUUCAGAACCAGACACCCCCUUAGUUGGACAAGGCAUGCUAUCAUGGGCACUCGAUUCAAUGCGUGGUGGUGAAUGGCUCUCUCAGUCGCCCAAAAUGGUAACUGGGCGUGUCACCAAGAACUUGCUUGCCGUCUUUGGAGGAGGAAACCGCGAGACAAUCGAAGUCAAGCUCAAGUUCACUGUCGGCUCGAGGCUUCAAAGGCGAGAACCAAAUGUUGACAUGCCACCCGUUGAGAUACCACCUCACCCUACGCAACCCACGCCUUUACAACCCGCUCCACUGCAGCCUGCCUCUCUGCCACCCUCCCGCUCUGCUGAAAUGGCCGUAGCUUCUGGUGCCGCUGAAUGGAGCUCUUUCAUCCAGGCCAACCCUCAUAUCGGACACACAGCACAUGUGUCUCGAGUGGCAUCACCUGCGCUUUCUCAAGGCGCACCGCCUCCUGUCACAACUGAACGACGAGAUUCGAUAGGUCCCGCGAUUAGUCAAGCCAACUCAGGAUCGGAUGUCCAACGUAUAGCACCCAUGCCCGUCCCUCCGUCAACGACCGCGGCUUCGACGUCAAGACCCUCUAGCAGAAGCUCCCGCAACAGGAAGCCGCCGACAGGGCGGCCUCGCGGUAGACCGCGAAAGAAGCCUGCCGAAGGAAACACUUCAGGGUACGAAGACGGCACCGAGGGCGAGGAUGGCGGCUCAGUGCCAGUAAAGAAAAGAGCCAGGCCGAUGAAGGUCGAAAAGGCUACUCCUAACCCCUUCACUUCAGGUCCGGAAUCUCUACGUGUCACUGCUAGUACCGCUGGUUCUCUUCGAAAUUUCCGUCCUGUUAAUGCAAACAAUGAGGCAGUCGCUGGGAAUCAUCUACAGGAAGUUCCACGGGCUCCUACUCCCGUUCCCGAGGGAGGACCCCUGAACGGCCCGGCCCAGCCUGGCCCCAAAGGCAACAAGCCUCGGAGGGAAUCCUCGAUGCGCAAGGAGCUGGGUGCUACUCUGAGCAGUCAAAUACCCCCGAGACCCCUUCGUGCCUUGUCUCCGAGUCAAGAGGAUGGCCGUUCUCCAGAAUCGCCUGUCGAAACUCCUGCCUUUUCAGAGGAUAGCCCGCAGGACAUACGUCCUGUUUUGCCACCAAUGCCCUCCCUACCACGACAAAUAUCGAGCUUUGCGGAGAAUGAAACAGACGACUUGUUGGAUGAACCUGUCUUGCCAACUGCCAAAGAGGGCCAGACUUAUAGCCAGCCUAAGACACAGAAAGUAAUGGAAGACGUGGAUAAUACCGGAAUUCCAACUCAAGUGUUCAGGAUCGAAGAUGGGCCAGAAGGCCAAGGGCUCGUCCAUAUCCAGAACUUCAACACCCCUUACCCAACCUCAACUCCUGCUGGUCCCCCUCCAUCAGAACCCGUUACCGCGAAGAAAGUUGCCAUCCCUAGAUUAGUUCGGAAUUCUUCUCAGAAACGACCUGCAAGCUCAAAACCACAACCACGGAGCUAUGCACCAACACCUCCUCCUACGACAGAUGCUCCAGAAAAGGAUAGCCCAGUCCCUACCACUGCAUCCUUGCUGCCCGAUUCUACUCAGCGGCAGGGCAACCAAGCUCUAGAGGCAAUGGAAGAAGAUGCCCUCUUUGAAUUAGUGCGCGCAGUCUCUAGUUCCUCUGAGCCCAAUGCUUCAAUUUCAACUAACCAAUCUACUGAAGGAUCUUUACCUACUUCAAAAUCAAGUACUCGUGCCAUCGCACCAAAGCCCCGCCCCUCGCGACCACUCGGCAGAUCACAGUCCGCAGGAGUUCUAGCUUUGCCAUCUGUACCGGCAAGCGAGCCUGCCGGGCCAUCUUCUCUAUCACAGUCUGUCCUUACGGAACCGCCCCGUGCUUCUACAGAUACCACAACUUGUCUUCGUCGUUCCAAAUCGGUCAGCGUUCCCAAACCGAUUGCUGCCAGUGACCCUUUGGGACCGCCUGAGACAUAUUUGAUUACAAACACUCUACCUACUCUGUCAGAGGCUAUCUUUCCGCAGAGCGAUUUUCCUCCUAUGCCCUCGUCCCCGCCCUAUAAGUCCAACAAGAACCAGAUCAAGAAGGACUCCAUUAAACAGAGGCUAGAAUCUGCAAUCGCAGCUGGCGAGAUGCCUCCGUUCUGCACUAACUGCGGUGCCAUUGAGACCCCGACCUGGCGCAAGAUUUGGGUUCAGGAACAUGACGGAGCACCAGAGAACGUGGAGUACUCAGAGAAGCCUGGCCGGGUUACUGCCAUUGAGAUUCUGAAACGGGAUAAGGACAAGAACCCUCUGUCCCAUCGUCUUAUCAAGAAAACGCUUGGUUUUGGUGAUGAUCGAAAUGACUGGUCAGAGAAACUGCUCUGCAAUCCCUGCGGUAUAUGGAUGUCUAAAUAUCACAACCACCGCCCACAGGAUAAGUGGGAUAAUGGGCUUCUGGGCCAGAGUCGAAAGAAGCGGGGAUCUGCUGGCCCUGAGUCGCAGGCAAAACGUGCCCGUACUAAGAGUUCUUCGGCCCCCCAUCCUCCGUCAGAAGCCUUCCCAGUCACAGACUCCAUUGGACCGGUCGAGCGUUCAUCCCCUAAGCAAGCUGAUGUUAUCUCUAUGGGAUCAAGAGUUGAUGAAGAUGCAGCCAUGCAGAAUGUCUUUCAUUUACUGGCGGCUGAUGGGCAUCAUACUAAAAGCAUGACCCAGUCAGUACCAGGCUCUUCCCAUUCCCGGGCUUCCAGAGGCACCGGGACUGCUGACAGUCCCAUCGAGAUGGACCUUGAUGAUGAGUUGGGAAGCACUCGACGCCUGCUCUUCCCCUCACCCCGUAAGGAGGGUACACCGAAGACCUUGGGAGAGAUCGAUGCCAACAUGACUAAGACAGCGGAUUGUCGGCAAAACAAGGAAAUCUGCGGAAAGGAGAAUGCAGUUUGCGAUACCCAGAACGAAGAUCUCAUCAUGGAUGAUGACAUAGAGGCGCUGUUUAACAGCCCAGUUCGUCCUUCCACGCCGCCGCCCAAAUCCAAGGCGGAUGCUGACUCGGCUCUCUUCAAAACCCCGACACGCCCUACACCCAGCCAUCGACCUAUCACACGCAGUGUCUCGCGAUCUCUUCGAUCAGUGAGAGAUUUGUUGUCUCCUAGCCAACAGGCGCUUCUGCAAAGAACGCCGACCAGAAGUCCUCCGAGCGUUAGGCGCAGCCUACGACUGAAUCUGGAGAGCAAGCUGGAGAGCGUUCUCGAUACCCCCCUGAGCCGAACCAUAACGCAGUUGCUCUCUGAGCCAAACUUUGACUUAGCGAGUAGCAAUUUGGAUUUUUCCACGCUCCCAUUACUAGACACAGACCCUGCCAGUCUAGGUGACUUUGGCAGUUUUCUCAGCACCGACGGCAUUGCGCCAAGUUCUUCCCCUAAAGAUGGUAAUGUGAACUUCACCUACAGCGGUUCAGAUAAUGUCUGGGCUGAAUGGGGCGGUAUUGAACACAAAAGUACAGUCCAGGAGAAGGAGAAGUAA